AUGUCAGUAGUACUAUAUAAUUUAAUCAAUAUUCUUUUCGCAACAGUAUUAUUAGGUCACAUAUGUCAAAUAAAAUGUGAUUCCUUCCCACCGGGAUUCGAUGCGCAAGAAGAACGAAAUAAAGAAAAUGCACAAGGAUUGAAACAUACAAUUCACACAUUGAAAGGACGCUACAAUGAACAAGCUCACAGGUAUACGAAAUGCGGAAGUUCUUUUGAUAACACAAAUUCGCAUAUUGAAAAACUUAGUAAACCUCAAGAAACGGAGGAUCGAUCGCCUUACGAUGUUGGGGAAGACAACACAGAGGGAUCUAAAAACUUAUCGAGUUCAGCAAAUACUCAAUUUUUUUCAAACAAUACGUCGGUACCAGAUAUAGCAAACUUAGAAUUUGGUAUUCUAUCUGAAAUGUUAAAAGAUCUAGACUCUCAAGGAGCUACACGACGAUUUUAUGAAGACGAAGGUCCAAAGUCAACCAACGAAACUGUGGCUGCCGUCAACACACCAAGUGAAAAAAAUAAUAAAGAUUCUGUAAUUGACAGCACAGAGAAGCAUUUUGAAUUUGAAUCACUAAUAAUUAAAAAUGAAGCCGACAAAGACGCUUCAAAAUUUAUAAACCUUAUAGAAGAUAACGAGAGCGAAGACGAAAUCAGUGAAAACAAUACUAGAAGAUUUAAUCCUUUCGAAGGGAAUCAGGCUGAACCACCAAUGAACACUAAUAAUACUUUGAUAACAACUCCACCGCCCGCCAAUCCAGAUCAACUAAACCCAAAUCCUGAAUUAACUUCUAAUAACCCACACAAUUUAAAUCAAGCCAAUCCACAUUUUAAUAAUGUAGUUGAGGAAAAAUCUGCAUUCAAUUAUGUGAACCCUUCCUCCGUUGACGUAUCAAGUGAGUACCACGAGAACUUACAGAAACGGCACAAAGUUUAUGACAAUUUUGAUAUAGACUUAUUUUCAACCGAUACAGAGGUUUCCCGUGAAGAUAUCGAUCGUGCCAGUCAUCCAACUAAAGGUUUUGGUAUUUCAGACAUGGUCAAAACGAAUUUGAUGUUGAUCGAUCAUCCCCGGGUUUGUUUCGCUUGUAGUAGUACAAACAACCCAUCGUGUUGGUCGCCCGAUCGACGAACCCCAGCUAAGUACUGUCGUCGGGACCACAACGCUUGCAUCACGAAAACCUUCCGCCACAGAGGUUACUCCUUCAUAGUUCGUGAUUGUGGCAAUAGUUGUCUAAACAGAGGUUUAGGGGAUCUUGGAAUACACUACUCCUCGUGUACGAUUUGCCACUCCGAUCUAUGUAAUGGGAGUUCUACUCUUAACACUUUCAAUACAAUAAUUGUGCUUUUUAUAAUAUCAUUCUUUAAAUAUGCGAUUACUUCUUCACUAAAUACCUGUAAAUCACAAAAAAACAAUGGGUGUACCUGCUGGCAAUCCAGAAAAUGGAAAGAAAAUCUUUGUACAAAGGUGUGCUCAAUGCCACACUGUCGAGGCUGGUGGCAAACACAAAACGCCAACAAGGCUAAAGGCAUCACCUGGAAUGAGGACACUUUGUUUGAAUACUUGGAGAACCCCAAGAAAUACAUCCCUGGCACCAAAAUGGUGUUCGCUGGUUUAAAGAAAGCCAACGAACGCGCGGAUCUUAUUGCGUAUCUCAAGGAGUCUACAAAACCAUACAAUAUUGCAGAUAAUUUCAAGAUAAAUCAUAUGUACAACGGUACCAAGCCAUAG